CCGCAGAGAGAGAGAGAGAGAGAGAGAGAGAGAGAGAGAGAGAGAGAGGACCAUUUUUCAUCUGUACUCAGAGUUUAACCACUCCUCCUUUCAUAUAUCACCCAGAAAAUCCGUACGCUUGGUCAUGGUAUAAAUUGGAGUGGAAGCUUCACCAAACAAGAAGAUGCUGAUGAUGAAUGGAUUACUCAGUUAGCUCCUCUUAGCUCUACAGAAAGCUUACAGUGAUUUUUAUGGCAAUUGCCGCAACCAUGAGCCACGAAGACACCAGCGACACCAACAACGACACCACUGCCAAAGAUGAUCACGAGCACGACAUGGUGAUGCCCGGGUUCCGCUUCCACCCCACCGAGGAAGAGCUCGUGGAGUUCUACCUUCGCCGUAAAGUUGAGGGCAAGCGCUUCAACGUGGAACUCAUUACCUUCCUCGAUCUUUAUCGCUACGACCCUUGGGAGCUUCCCGCCUUAGCCGCAAUUGGAGAGAAAGAGUGGUUUUUCUACGUGCCCCGAGACCGGAAGUACAGAAAUGGCGACCGCCCGAACCGUGUGACCACAUCAGGCUAUUGGAAGGCGACAGGAGCUGACCGGAUGAUUCGAGGUGAGAACUCCCGUUCGAUCGGGCUGAAGAAAACCCUUGUCUUCUACUCCGGCAAGGCUCCCAAAGGGAUCCGAACCAGCUGGAUUAUGAACGAGUACCGCUUGCCGCAGCACGAGACUGAACGCUAUCAAAAGGCGGAAAUAUCGUUAUGUCGAGUGUACAAGAGAUCUGGAGUUGAAGACCACCCAUCACUUCCUCGUACGCUUCCGACGCGAGCAUCUUCUUCCUCCUCUUUGAGGUCAACAGGAAUUAUCUUGUCAUCCGAUCAGAAUAAGCACCACCACACCAUCAGCAGUAGCGGCCACAGCCUCCAUUUGCAAGCAAAUGCGAUCGAGAGAUUCCAACCAUUCAUGGGAGGAGGAGGAGGAGGAGGAGGAGGAGGAGAAGUGGGACAAUUACCGUCGCCUUCACCCCAAAAUAAUGAUCAAGCCGAUGGAAGCAGUAGCUCUGAUGUCACGACCACACUCGGCCUCUCGAAACACAAUGUCAGUAACGCAUACUACCCAAUCCCUCCUAUCUCGGUCACACAGCUCGCCCUCAUGGAAGAAGAUGGGAUGGCUAAUUUCCACCAUCACUCAUCGAAGCAGGCCGCGACUCCGAGCAGCUGCUCUCUGGUUUUUCCCAGCUUGUUCCCCAGUUCGUCUUCAACGAGUGCCGUGGAUGAUCUCCACAGACUAGUUAACUACCAACAAGCCCCGGGGGCUUCGAUUAAUCAGCAGCAACAACAGCACCCACAGUUACAGCAGUAUUACCAGCCUCAGUAUUCGCAGUUGCAAGGGUUGCUGCUUCCACAGUCGUCGUCGUCGUCAUUGUCUCAAAAUCUGAUGCUGAACAAGCUUCCGAGCCCGCUUCAGACCCCCUUUUCUGACAGACUCUGGGAAUGGAAUCCACUCCCAGAUGCAAACAGAGAGUACAACAACAACAACAAUACUCCCUUCAAGUAGUCCAUACUUCGUUAGUGGUCCGCAGAAACACUCAUCAAGACUCAAUUAUUACUGUUAAUCAAGUUCCGAUUGAUAGACUUGGACCUUUAGUAACUACUCUGAUGAUAUAGUUAAGCUUUUCAUCGAUACUGCUUACCGAUAUUUAUGGAUGUAACAUUGUAAUUGAACUUGCUAGUUAGGGUUUGGGUUUAGUUGGAGGGGUAUAAUUUAGAAUCGCACACUACAAUGCCUCUUGUUUCAGCCUAGUUAGUUUAAUUACCACUAAAUUUGAGCUCUCAUUGCAUUUCGAGCACGAAGGGUUUUUUUUUUUAAUUUAUGCUCACUCCAUAAAAGGUGUGUGGCGCUUCAUCUUGUGUCAUUGCA